AUGAACAAAAAAUUAGUUGACAAAGAAAUUAUUCAUUUACUUGAAAUACCUUCCGGGUCGGAAGAUGGGUUUGAGACUGAGAGUGACGUUGAAAAUGAAAAGGUUGAUUUAUGGAAUGAGUAUGGGGGGGAUUUAUUAGACGAAACAAAUAUUGAGAAAUUUGAAAAACUUGUAUCUGAACAAUUUAAUGUUGAUACAAUUCUAGAUGAUAAAGUUGAACUUCCAAUUUUCGAGCAUGUGUACGACGAGCCUCAAACUUCUAUUGAAACUAAUACCACUGAUUUAUUUUUGCCCUCCACAUCUUCUGUUCAACAAACAACACGUAAAGUACCAAAACUUUCCAAAAACAAAUGUUAUCGAUCCAAACGUAAUAAUCCUGUACCACCUAUUAUUCAAAAUCAUAUUCCGAUUGAAAUAAAAGAAAUUACAUGGUCAAAAGAUAAUUUUCCACCUGUAGAUACUACUUUUCUCGGAAACUCGACUUUACCAGAAGAUAUUAUGGAAUUAGAGACACCUUAUCAAAUUUUUAAAUAUCUUUUUACCGUAGACUUGAUGCAACAUAUUUGUGAUGAAACUAAAUAUGGUCUACAAAACAGUUUAUCUAAUCCAUUAAAAAUGUCUACAAAUGAUUUACAAAAAUAUAUUGGGGUACUUGUCCUAAUGAGUAUAGUAAAUAUUUCAAAUGUUAGAAAAUAUUGGUCACCAUACUUAGGCAAUGAUGUUAUCAAAGACACAAUGAACCUGAAUACUUUUGAAAAAAUUAGAAGUAAUUUACAUUUUAAUGAUAAUACACUUGAGACACGUGGACCAAAUCGUGAUAGAACUCACAAAAUAAGACCUCUUAUAGAAACAUUAAAAAACAGUUUUAGACGUGUUCCAAUAGAAGAACAUUUAGCUGUUGACGAGCAAAUGUGUAGCACCAAAGCUAGAAGCUCGGUAAAAGUUUAUAUGCCUAACAAGCCACAUAAGUGGGGCUAUAAAUUGUUCGUUCUUAGUGGUGCCUCCGGUUUCGCUUAUAAUUUUGAACUUUUUACGGGCCAAGAAAACAAUUCGGAGCUACGAAAUAAAAAUGAACCAGAUUUAGGUUCCAGCGCUAAUGUAGUAGUUCGUCUAGGAAGAGUUAUACCAAAACAUCAAAAUUAUAAAUUAUUUUUUGAUAACUAUUACACAACCUUACCACUAUUAGUUUAUUUGAAAAAAGAAAAUAUACUCUCCCUAGGUACUGUUCGAAGAAAUAGGCUUAAGAAUGUAGUGUUGCUUGAUGAUUCAACUAUGCUAAAAAAACCCAGAGGAACAUAUGAUCAUUGUGUCACUAAUAUUAGAAAUACAGAUAUAGUCGCGAUUACAUGGAAAGACACGAAAAAUGUAAAUUUAUUGUCAACUUUUGCUGCUAUUGAGCCUGUUACGAAAGUUAGUAGAUAUGAUAGGAAAAUGAAUAAAAGAGUUGAAGUGGAUUGUCCCCAUAUUAUAAAAGUAUACAAUACUCACAUGGGAGGUGUCGACUUACUGGAUGGAUUACUUGGAAGGCACAAAAUUAAAAUGCGAAGUCGCAAGUGGUAUAUGCGAUUAUUUCAUCACUUACUAGACGUCACCAUCGUAAAUUCUUGGCUGUUACACAAACGAAUCCAAAAUCAAAAAUUAGACAACAAUAAUGUUUUACCAUUAAUGGAAUUUAGAGAACAACUUGCCAUAACUUUGUGUAAACUUGGUGAAAAUAAUAUGCCAAAACGAGGACGCCCAUCAACUGAUAUUGAAAUAGGUAUAAUAAAAAAAGGAAAAUUAGGUACAAAACAAAAAGAAAAGGCACCACCAAAAGAAAUUAGGACCGAUAGAUAUGACCAUUGGCCAGUUCCCAAUCAAAAAAAAACUAGGUGCAAGAAACCUGGUUGCAAAGGAUUUACAUUUUCAAAAUGUGGAAAGUGUAAUGUUAGUUUGUGUUGUGGAAAAGGGUUAGAGUGCUUUACACUGUGGCAUACAACGUAG